UUUUUAACGACGUGGACAUUGGAAGAAAUUAAUAUAAUAAAUGUUAUUUUGACAGUUUCUUCAUAACUAAAUAAUGACUUCAUACUUCAUUUGAGCUUAAGGAGAAUCAAGAUUCCUUGGUAUAUUUGGAUUUUCUAUGGAAAGUCAUAAAGUCUGUUACAUACCGUUAAUAGCCUAAAAAGCACAGUACACGAACAGUUUGUGAAAGUACUUCCACCUAUCUUACCGGAUGACGUAACUACCAGCCACCCAAGAGAACUUACGAGAUCACCGUUGGUCACCAUGACGACUUCACCGCUUCUCUCCGGCAGCGGAGGCAAUGGCUCCGUCGCCUUCUGCUUCUCCGGCAACCAGUCCGGCUUCAACAACACCCACGCAGUGGCCUCUGCCUACUUCUCUGCCAUAUUCAGUGUGCUGGGCCUCGGCUCCAACCUGUUCGCCUUCGUCGUGCUGGUGAACGCCUUCCGCCGCACCCACAGCCGCUCUCGCUCCUCCUUCCUGCUCUUCCUCGGCGCGCUGGUGGUGACCGACUUCAUGGGGCUGCUGUUCACCGGCUCCAUCGUGGUCUUCUUCCGCUCCAGCGGCCUCAGGUGGAUGGACCUGGACCCCGGCUGCCACUUGUGCAACUUCAUGGGCAUGACCAUGAUCUUCUACGGCCUGUCACCGCUGCUCCUGGGCACCGCCAUGGCCGUGGAGCGCUUCGUGGGCAUCAACCGGCCAUUCGCCCGCUCCACCGCCAUGUCCAGGAGCCGGGUGUGCUGGGUGGUGGUGGGCAUCGUGGCGAUGGCCGGCUGCAUCAGCCUGCUCCCGCUGCUGGGCCUGGGUAGCUACCAUAUUCAGAAUCCCGGCUCCUGGUGUUUCCUCAACAUCAGGCCGGAGCCUUUGGACGUGGUCUUCUGCCUGGUGUUCUCACUGGUGGGCCUGUUGUCGCUGGCGACGUCCUUCGUCCUGAACACGACGAGCGUGGUCACCUUGCUGAGGGUGUGCUGCAGCCAGGACUCAGUGCAACGCAAGCGAGACUAUGAAGUGGAGAUGAUGGUACAGCUCAUCUUCAUCAUGCUCAUCGCUACCAUCUGCUGGUGCCCGUUAUUGACAUUUAUUGCGAAGACGGUGCUUUUUAAGAGGGGCCUCCACGUCCAGCAGCUGUUGCUCUGGAUUCGCUUUGCCACAGGAAACCAGGUCCUGGAUCCCUGGGUCUACAUCCUCUUCCGUCGUUCCGUACUGAGGCGCGUCUACCCUGGAAUAGGACGCUCUCGUGGCUCCGUGGCCAGCCUACGCUCCUCUUUCACCAUCUCGCGCAAGCUCACACCCGCCUCCCUAGGGGGCGCUAGCGAGCAGGGGGAGGCGGAGCCCCGCGGCUGACACUCCGUAGGGUCCAUGCGGUUACCGAAUCCUUUGUGACCUGCACUGUCCACUUCACAUUCAUGCACUGUACGCUUUUUUUUGUUUGUUUUUCGUCGAUUCAAGACAUCACAGGAGGAUACGAGGAUGUGUCGGGGUUCACAAAACUUUAGAGGUGAUGUGCACGCAUGAACCCUUUGACCUUCAGCCGACGACCGUGCGAGCGCUUCCGUCAGACUGCUGUGAGCAUGGAGAGAGGCAGCUCGGACACACCCGCAGCGGGGAUGAGAAGCCUGAGCCCACCACUUCUGCCUAAUACAUCUGUGGAGGUGAUCCCCAAUCUGUGCACUGUUGCCCACUGGAGAAGUUCUGCCCUCCUCCAAACACACUGCUGGCGCACUAACAUAUCCCGUUGUAAGUUUAAUAAACCUGCAUCAACUCUGCUUGGGACAAAUUAAAUGCAUUGCCUAGCACCGUUUGGUGUCAGUGAUAAACAGUUAGAAUAAACGGUGUUUCGUUGUCACGUAUUUACUCCCAAAUAUAAACACAAGUAAAAAUUCACCUUGUUUAGCCACAAAGCAUUAAAAAACCCAUUGUGCUGGC